AUGGUCCGCACUUCCGUUCUCAACGACGCUCUCAAUGCGAUCAACAACGCCGAAAAGGCUGGCCGUCGCCAGGUCUUGAUCCGUCCUUCGUCCAAGGUCAUCAUCAAGUUCCUUACCGUCAUGCAGAAGCACGGUUACAUUGGUGAAUUCGAGGAGAUCGAUGACCACCGCUCUGGCAAGAUCGUUGUCCAGCUCAACGGACGCCUCAACAAGACCGGUGUCAUCUCCCCCCGCUACAACGUCCAGCUCCGUGACCUCGAGAAGUGGGUUGUCAAGCUGCUGCCCUCUCGUCAGUUCGGCUACGUUGUCCUGACCACCAGUGCUGGUAUCAUGGACCACGAGGAGGCCCGUCGCAAGCACGUUGCUGGCAAGAUCAUUGGUUUCUUCUACUAG